AGAUUCCAGACUUUUAAAUAAACUCUCAACUGACUACAAGAGUCAGUGCACCUGUGGUUGUCAAAGAAAUCUUCCGUUUAGUCAAGUGACGCCAUUGUGAGCCGUAACGACUUUAAGCUGCAAGGAGUUUAAUCUCGAUUUUCUUAUACAAUCUUGGACUAGAAGUAUAAAAAACUAUUAAAAUGGCUGAUGAUAUGCCCACAUUCAAAUGCGUGCUGGUAGGCGAUGGUGGUACCGGCAAAACUACGUUUGUCAAACGACACUUGACUGGAGAGUUCGAGAAAAAAUACGUUGCUACACUCGGUGUAGAAGUGCACCCCUUGGUAUUCCACACAAACCGUGGUCCCAUCAGAUUUAACGUAUGGGACACAGCUGGCCAAGAAAAGUUUGGUGGAUUAAGAGAUGGUUAUUAUAUCCAAGGUCAAUGUGCCAUCAUCAUGUUCGACGUAACCUCUCGUGUCACCUAUAAAAACGUACCGAACUGGCAUAGAGAUUUAGUUCGAGUUUGUGAAGGCAUUCCUAUUGUUUUGUGUGGCAACAAAGUAGACAUCAAGGAUAGAAAAGUUAAAGCAAAAACAAUUGUCUUCCACAGGAAAAAGAACCUACAGUACUAUGACAUCUCUGCUAAGUCAAACUACAACUUUGAAAAGCCUUUCUUGUGGUUAGCUAGGAAAUUGAUUGGUGAUGGCAACCUGGAGUUUGUUGCUAUGCCUGCUCUCCUGCCACCCGAAGUUACAAUGGACCCACAAUGGCAGAACCAAAUCGAGAAAGAUCUCAAAGAAGCCCAAGACACUGCGCUGCCAGAGGAGGAUGAAGACUUGUAAAUAAAGCAACAGCUAAAGCGAAAUUUCAGUGCUACUGCAUUGAUUGUGCAAUGUGUACACAAUGUAUCAAUUUAAAAUUUCAUUCCAUAAGUUCAAGUGAUCGAGAAGUUUGUAUAAAAUUUGAAACUAACUUAUAAAAUGUCAUAGUUUCUGUAUUUGCUUUAAUUAAUAGUUACAAGGAAUUUUAGAAUUAUUUGUUUUAUAAGCACUGUACUGGAGUAAUUAGAAUAUCUUUUUUUGUACUUCAUGAUCUGUAUUGGUAUCCAUAAGAGGCAUCUUUACCCAAAGAGAUGGACACAUUAUUUAUUGUAUGUAUGUGUAGGACACACAGUAAUCCUAUGCAUACCCUGAUGCUGUGUGAUGUAAAUUCCUGAUGGUACAUUUACUUUAUUAAUUGCAUUACUGUAUUAUCAGUGGCAUGUACAUAACCAGUGAGUAUUGUAUUUUGAUUUGUACACAUGACUGACAAUAUUACACUGUAAAAUUGCGGUGAUAAUUUUUGAAAUAAAGUUGAAAAAUAAA